UGAAAAUCUGCAGUUUACGUUACGUAUAUUGUAGAUUUUCAGUACUGGCAGUGAAUUUCGGAACGCAGCCAUUGUUGUAGAUUGCAAAUUGCAGCAGGUUGCGAUUUGCACUGCACAGUGCACGGUAGUUUCUGCUAGUUUUGGUUUUUGUUUACUUUUGCACACGUUGUUAGCACGUGUAAAUUUAUACGAAUCGAAUAUUCUAAUAUGAUAUUGUGAAUCAUGUCAAAUAUGACGUUUCUCUUACGAUCGUUGACAUUCUGUAUGAAAAGAAUGUGUAUAUCUAAAAAUCACUUUAGAGUAUUUAACCAAAAAAUUCACACAUCGAAAUGUAUGUUUCAUGGUGAAUAUGAAAUGCAAGAUCCUAAAACUGAAGCUGAUGUAGUCAAUGUCACCUUCAUCGACAAAAAUGGCAAGAAAUUUUCAGUAAGAGGAAAAGUAGGAGAUAAUGUGCUUUAUUUGGCCCAUAGAUAUGAGAUUGAAAUGGAAGGAGCUUGUGAGGCCUCUUUAGCAUGUACAACUUGUCACGUGUAUGUUCAUCAUGAUUAUACAGAAAAACUUCCAAUAGCUGAAGAGAAGGAGGAAGAUUUGUUAGAUCUAGCACCUUUUUUGAAAGAAAAUUCUAGGCUGGGUUGCCAGAUAAUUUUAACCAAAGAAUUAGAUGGCAUAGAGCUAAGGUUACCUAAAGCAACUAGAAAUUUCUAUGUAGAUGGACAUACACCUGCUCCACAUUAGCAAUUAUUUUUUCAGAAUUUAACAAAGUUCAAUAUGUAAAUAACAUAUUUUGUAUAUAUU